ACAGCUUCAAGGCAAGGAGAUUCUGAUUCCACAGCGAGCACCCUCAAACCGAAUGAGAAGCAGCUAUCCCAGGAUGCAAUGCAUGAUCUCGCGUCAGAAUCAGAGCGCCCAAGCUCAGUUAUGAGCAUUGAUGAGCAUAGAGGCAGUGAGUCAACAAAGAAGAAGAAAAAGGUCAAAGGGAAGUUUGUCCAGUCCAGAUACAUGCAGAGUCUGUCCAAGCCAGCAGCAUCAGCACCUAACAUCUCCACGACCGGAGCCAUGCGUAUCAUGAGCGGGACCAAGUCUAAUAUCACUGUGACAGGAGCCAGGUCUAACAUCAGCGGGUCCAGGUCUAACAUCAGUGGGUCCAGGUCUAACAUCAGUGGGUCCAGGUCUAACAUCAGUGGGUCCAGGUCUAUCACCAUUGGGUCCAGGUCUAACACCAGUGGUGCUAGAGCCCAAUCAGCCAGUACUGCUGGGGCCAGAACAGUGAGGUCAGGGGUUGGUGUCAGUAGCAGUGCUACGAACAAUAUCUCUGUCAAAAGGGCUGGAAGAUCAAAGGCUACCAGUGGAAAACCAGCUCCAAUGAAAGCUACCAAAUCCUUCGCCCCUGCACCCUCCACCACCACCACCACCACCACCGCUGCACCUGCUGUAACCUCAACCCACCAGGACAGACACCACUCUACCGGUGGAGACAGUCAUUUCAGCACCCCUGUCAAUGUCAAAAAGAGGUUUGCCUCUACCCCUUCUGUCAAUACUUCUCAUCUUCCUGGUGCCCCUAACAUCAAUGCAUCAACCAUCGGUAGUACGUCCAUCCUUGGGGCCAAUAUGUCCGCCAUUGCUCAUGUUGAUUCUUCCAAACUGAUGUCAGAUAAAAUGAGAGAUUCUCAUGAUAUGAGGGAUGGCUCAAGACGAGAGAGAGGUAUGUCAGCAGACAUGACUGGACAGUUUUCUGGUCUCUCAGUCUCCCCAACCCAAGACUCUGCCUAUAGCUCUUUAGGACAUAAGCAAGUGAAGAAUUGGAGCCAGUCAGAUCUUGAUGUGAUGUAUGCCAGGUAUUUACAGGCUGUUUACCUAGACACAAAGAUGAAAAAAGUGAUAGCAGACAAAGAGAAAGAAGCAAUGAAUCAUCUGUAUGGCAUGUGGCAAUUGAAUGAUGAACUUCACAAGAAGAAAUCACAGUUAGAACUGAAGCUAGCAAGAUUAAAACACGCUAAUACACUAGACCAUCAUCUAGAUAUAAUGGAAACUGGUCUUGGCCCAGUCACAGCUCACCUGUCUCAGUUCAAGCAGGAAUACAGUACCUUAGCCCAUGCUCUGGACACCACACGACACCAGGUGGAAAUGACAGAUAUCUUACUCCCUCAAGAUAAAGAUGCAUUCCAUGAUUCACUAGAAAGAGCACUGAACGAGAGUGAGCAUUUGUUGGGUGAGAUCUCCAUGGCAACAAGAAACAAACAACCCAAGGUCGAGGCCUUUUCAUCGGCAAUUAGCAUGCUGGAGAAUGCAGUAGCUAGUGAGAGUGAAGAACUGAGGAGAUGUCAAGAACUCUUGGCUGCCACAUCGUCGUUAGCAACGCACGAAACAUCAUUAAGGAUUCAGGAUUUAGAGCAACGGUCUGCUGAGUAGCCAAAGUUUGAUACAAUCGAUGAACAAAUAUGAUAGACUGGUAUGAUGAAAGUACAUGGAAAUGACAGGCAUUUGCUGGGUUGUUGAAUUCUACUUUGGAUGAUCAAAGUUUACACAAAUCCAUGUGUUGUGAAGUGUAAGGAAAAUGUCUUAAUUGUGAGACUUUUCAGCAUAUCAUCUAUAGAGAUUGAUAUUCAUAAUGUGAACCCACAGAAAACAAGAUGAUGGCUACACUACCAAACUCUCAUUAUUUGUUUGGCAUCACUUGUGCCUUGGAGGGGGGAAUCACUGUGACCGGUAGGUCUCUCCUCCUGAUGUAAUUGAUAGGGAAUGUGCAGAGGGAUGACUACAGUGGGUUCUUACUUCUUAAGAUGCAUAGGUGGUAGAUCUCAUAUUAACCUCCCUUCUAAGGAAUGGAUUAUUUUCUUUUGAAAGAUAGCAUCUGUGAAACGAGCAAGGGCAUGUAACCACACGGCGUGGGCUUCAGACAUCUGCCAAAGGUGUUCUUUAAUCCAUGAUCUUUGUUUCGACAGGCAGAGGCCUACUGACUGCCUACUCGCUCACUUGAUGGAUGCUUUUUGCAUUCACACAUAUCAGUUGCAGUCCUUAACUGCUAAGUGUUUUCCGGGAAAGGCUACCUUUCUAAAGGGAACAUCUGAAUAUUACAGUAUAAAUAAGAACAAGAAAAAGAGCAACAAAGACUUCUAAGGCUAGUGAGUGGGGAAUGAGGUAAAUUAAACAGGUAUCUAUUGUCAGGGCCUUGGUGGCCCUGGAUUACUUUGUGGUUGUACAUCAUAGGAAACUAUGUGAAUUGCGAGUUUAGGUUGCCAAGAAAGUUAAUUAUUAACCGAGAGAUGUGUAAGAUAGUAGUAGCCAUGUUACUAAAUUCUUCAUUUGUUUAGGCUUGUAAGGAAGUUUCACAGUUUAAUUCGUAAAAAUGACAAUGCAAAAUAUUUAGCAUAUACAUUACUUGAAAGAUGAGGUCUUGGUGAGGUCAUUAUCAAUAAUACUAGUUCAGUUCAGAACUAUGUAAAUGUGUGAAGAACAUGUCAAAGUGCUCUGUUAGGACCAUUUGCACCCGCAUUUGACACACUAUGUCAAAGUUGUAAUAGAAAGUGGUAUUGAAAUAAUACAAUAUGGAUUGUAUAUUUAUUGACUGGCUUUGAGGAAGAUACCAUAUAUAUUUCCCGAAGUAGUCUCAUAUUGCCCGAGUGUUGACGAAGGCAAUGUUGGUUUACUGAGGGAAAUAUAAUGUGGUAUCUCCCGAAAAUUAAAUCCAUUCAAUAUUAUUAUUUUUACUACCUAUAAGCCUACAGCUGUGUGAUGUGUACUUCACGCUAUUUUUGUAGCAAUUUAUAUUUGUUUAACUGUUGGUACUUCUGAAUUCAGGAUAUUCAUGAACGUGAUGAAGUAAUCCUGGCUAAGUUAUGUGACAUAAGUGUAUUCAGCGCAGUUGUGCAUCAUGCAUGUCGCGCACAUAUACUUUGCGUGUACACAAGACUUGCGCUUGGGAUUGAUGAAUGGGGAUGCAGAUAUUAUGGACCGAUAAUUUACUACACGGCCGCAAUAAAAAAUUGAUAAAUUCACGGACGAAGGGUGCAUGAAUAUUAUGGUCCCUUUUCAUACAGCUGAAUCCUGGCUUGGCCAUUGUGACGUAUUUUGUGUUGAGUUUAUCAAUCAGACAGACAAAAUAUGCGUGGAUAUCUUGUCUCCAAAAUGCCUCAUUCAGGUUAUAAUCAUCAUUAUUUCCAGAUUAAAGAUAUAAUGGCUUCCAUAAGUUAUAUGUUAUGAAUAAAGUCAUGCACAUUACUACUGUAAAUUUGCAGCAUUUUCUAUUUCAUUACAUGAGGUGAUCCAAACAUUGGUGGAGCAGAAGGACCUUAUUUUUCUACAAGGCCGAUUUUACAAUACUUUUCUUAGAUUCCCCCC